CCGACGCAACUGUUCAUCUUGGCUUUUAUAUAAGGACGACCUUCGGUCGUCAUUAUCCAUCGAUCGAUCUUCUUCUUCCUUUCCCCAAAAAGUUAUUCUGAGAAACAUAAAGUAGAAUUCGUCAGGGUCAAGUUCUUGUGCAAGAACUUGUACCAGAUAGUUGUAUCCUCUAGAUAGACGUCUGAAACUACAGCACAAGUAGGGGCGAAUUUCUGUCUUAGGUCACUGCAUUGCAGGCCUCUAUCUGAUCAAAAAUUCCAAUGGAUCAAUCGGUAUCUACUACGAAGAAUCAUGUGGAGAAACCUGAGAAAUUCAAGGGUUCGGAUUUCAAACGUUGGCAACACAAGAUGUUGUUCUAUUUGACAACUCUUCAUGUGGCAGAUGUUCUCACAACCGAGGCUCCAAAGGAUCUUCCCGAAGGAGAUGGAGAGAAUGUUCCAACUGAUGCUCAAAAGGCCGAAAAUCAGAAGGCCAUUGUUGCCUGGGCGAGCAAUGAGUUUCUGUGCAGGAAUUAUAUCCUCAAUGCCUUAGACGAUUCCUUGUAUGAUAUUUACUCAUCAUUCAAAACAACAAAGGAAUUAUGGGAGUCGUUGGACAACAAAUACAAGACUGAAGUUGCUUGUUCAAAGAAGUUUGUCAUUGGCAAGUUUCUGAAUUACAAGAUGGUCGAUACCAAGUCUGUUGUCAAGCAAGUGGAGGAACUUCAAGUCAUUGUUCAUGAGUUAGAUGAAGAAGGUAUGGGACUGAACUCGAAUUUUCUUGUUGGUUCUGUUAUUGAAAAGUUACCUCCUUCAUGGAAAGAUUUCAAAGUAUAUCUGAAACAUCUAACUGAGGACAUGAAUUUUGAGCAAUUGGUUCUGAAACUUCGUGUUGAAGAGGAUCACCGGAAGAAUGAAAGGGCUAAUGCUACUUCUAUGGAGCCAAACGCAAACAUGAUUGGAGGAAGUCCAUCAAAGGCCAAGUUUCAGAAAAACAAAGGCAAGAAUGUUGCUGCCAAACCAAGUCUUGCUGCUGCCAAGAAGUCACUCGCCCCACAAAAGACCAAAGUUUUCAAAAAACCACAAACUGGUGGAUGUUGGGUUUGUGGCAAACCAGGGCAUAGAGCAAAAGAAUGUCACUUCAAGAAAGAUCAAGGAGGUGGUGGUUCUGGAAAUUCCAACAACCAAGCAAACCUUGCUGGAAAUGAAAAUCAAUUCAUUGGAGUGGUUUCUGCAGCAAAUCUGCUAGACACUUUGGAGUACUAUCAAAUGCUCGGAGCAGAUUGCUUGAUUCUUAGGAGGGACAAGCUGGGUGCUCAGAGAAGGUACAGGGGUGCCCAGAGUAGAUGAUGAGCAAGCUAGGUAUGCGAUGGAGGUGGCUGACAUUCAGCGG